AUGUAUACUUCGAUCGUAGGAACAACUCCACCUGUAUCAAAUGCUAGUCGAAGAGGAAAUGCAACGCAAGAGCAAUCUAGAGUACGGUUACAGGCGGUAACAACAGAAAUGGUCGAGACGGUUUGUGCUAUGUUUCCAAACAUCCCACCCGCUGCAAUUCGGUUUGAUCUUCAGAAAACAGGGUCGGUUGAAGUAACGUGUGAUAAUAUAUUGAGAGACGGUGGAUUACCGCUGCCUCCUCCAUCGAUAGCUCCAAUUGUUCCGAUUCAAUCUCCCACCUUAAACGCAUCUACAUCGGCGAGCUCUUCCUCUUCUGCGAUAAAUAAUAAUAACACUCAGACUCACCAAUCCCUUGUUCAUCGAUACAAACUUCAUGAAGCCGUCGCUAAAGAUGUCAUUCCAGAUGAGCCUCCCAAACAGUGGGAAGUCACGUCUGAAAAGCGACAUCAAUUGUUACAAAAAAGAAAAGAGGCGAUGGUCUUGCAGGCAAGAAAACGAUAUUUGGAACAGCAAUUAAAGAAACAAGAGGAAUCACAAGUAAAAGACCAAGUGUCAACUUCGUCACCAUCAAAUUUUCAAUUCACAUCAUCCACCACGAAAAUAUUACAAUCAAAUGAAUUAGAAGACUGCACAGACACAGAUCAACAACAAUUAAGUCCUGAAGCACGUCGACAAAAAUUAUUGCAAGCUGCCGAAUUGCGAAUGGGCUUUG